UUUCUUUUCUUAUUUUUACAAUGCAGUUCUUCUUGGUGACGUGCAUGGUUGUGACACUUUGGUUUGCAGUAGCAAAUUCAGAUUAUGCUUGCGAUGCAUGCCAUGAUGUAUCUUGCCUAUCAAAUGGCGAAUGCUCGCCAGCACCAAGAUGUAAUAACUAUCAAAAUAUAGCGUUGAACGACGAUCAAAAAAAUCAACUUCUUAACAAGCAUAAUGAACUUCGUAACAGGGUGGCAAAAGGGGAAGAAAAUGGACAACCACAAGCAUCUAAUAUGUAUGAAUUAGUAUGGGAUGAUGAAUUAGCAAAUAUUGCCCAAUGUUAUGCUAACAAAUGUGUGUUUCAACAUUUUACCUGUGAAUUACCGAAUGGUCGUGGUGGUUUUGGGCAGAAUAUUUAUGGAUCAUUUUCGUCAAAUUAUCCAAAUAAUUUAAAUUAUGAUGCAGCUGUACAAAGCUGGUAUAACGAAGUGUCUGUAUUCCCAUCCAAUAAUGUUGAUAACUAUCAGUUUGAUGGAAAUUAUGGACAUUAUUCUCAAGUUGUUUGGGCUGAAUCAAAACGGAUUGGAUGUGGUGUAGUUUUGUUUAAUGAGGAAGGAUGGUGGAAACAUCAAAUUUAUUGUAAUUAUGGGCCACCUGGUAACUAUAUUGGAUCUUCUGUUUAUCAUCGAGGUUCACCUGCAACAGAUUGUAGCAAUGGACGAUCUGAUAGAUACGAUGGCUUAUGUAGAAAUUAAAACACAAUAUUGUAGUACUGUUCAAUAUUUUUGAACCAUGAAAUAAAUCAAGAU